GUACUAUAUUGCCUCUGUUUCCUGGGGUAGACGAUGGGCUUCCACUCCUUGCUGUUGCCGCUACUUCGGUCUUCCUUGGACGAAGCCGGCCUAGGCAACUGCUCCUUCCAAGCGGACACGGAUUGCACUUUGGCGUGGGAGCAUGGUGGUGAUGGCGAAGAUGAUGAUGAGAGAGGUGGAUGAGCAGGGGGAGGAAGCCGAAUGACAAAAGUGCCAAUGUCAUGACCGGCUCCACCGGCAGGAGGAAACGGCGCUCGAAAAAAGACGCGUGCUCGAGUGUCCGAAGAGGGCGCCGUUCGCUUGCGGAGCAGCAGGAAGCGAGUGCAGGAAAUACAAGUCUGCGAACAAGUUCUCUGCGAUGAGCAGAGGCUAGCAAACGUGACCUGAGAUCGGACCACGAUGCGCAGUCAAGCGUUGCGAGACUGUUGGUGCAUCUAAAUCAGCGUGACGCACUUGGAUUUCGACGUCUCGUCGUGGGGACCUGGAAGAUGAAGCGUAUUCAAGAGAGCUUCUCGGUCUUGGUCUCUUCUAUAAGGGCAAAAACCUAAUGGCUUCGUCCGACGGCACUAGGAAGUCUAUUCUAAGCAGUGGGCGAGAGACCACAUGGCAGUGCUGGUAACGUCAAACAAGCUCUGCUUUCGUCUCAACCAGUUCCGUGUGCGAACGUGCUUUGAUGACUGAGACCCAUGUGUGAUUGGAAGAAGAGAUUUCAUCUCAUAAAACUUCGCAAACGUCCAGUGCUCAUUUCGACGAUCGGGGGGGCCUUCAUGCUAUUUGAUUCAGUCGACGCAGUUGCGUAAACGGAACAUCAUCAGUGACGCACCUAGAAAACCUUGAAAUUGGAAUUCAAAUACAAAGAACAGAAUUUUCAUAGCGCGCAUCAUGUGUCUUGGUUGUGUGCUAGUGCUACGAUUGUGUAAAAGGUCUGGAGCCCUGUCUUCUCCUGAAUUGUUAUGUUGAAGACAUAAACGCUCCAGCACGUCAAACAAACAGAGACACACUGUACUUCGGUAUAGCUGCUUCAAAGAAGAGCAAUAGACUAACAGAGGACGAGAAACAGCAGAAAACCCAGAGAGCGUACCGUAAAGGGGCCACACGGAGCCUGCUGGUACUUGCACGUAGCCGUAAAAUAUACUGCAAGUAAAAUACAAGCGGGGCUUUACUACCAGACAGGCACUACCGCUCGUGUCUUCCAAUAUAACGCUAACGAGAAAGCCUCGUAGCGACCUAGCUGUCGAUCGAAGCAAGCAUAUAAGAGAAAGUUCUCAGACGUGUUUACACAGAAGACAGCAGAGCAAAACGGGGAGCUGUCCAAACAACGCCGAUGUGAGAAGCGGCAGCUGGAAAAACCGAAGGUUUUAGGAGUCCGGGUCCCUAACGAGAGGACACCCGUACUCGCGAAGGAAGAGCGCGAGAAGAAGGACAACGACAUAGGCGGCGACACACCAGCGCCAACGAAUCCCGGGAGCAGCCGUUCAGCUGUGCGGAAGACACGAUUUCCGCAUUACCACCCAACUUCUGGUCUCCCGGCGGCGUGGCCAGAGUUGGCGGCCGAAGCGGUGGAGAACCGCCGCGUGUCGCACUCGUAAGCGGAUCGCCCGAGAGAAGCGGCCGCAGCGAGCGAUGAGUGGUCCCGAUUCGGGGGGCGUCGGCGGGGGCGGCUGCCCGCUGCUGGGGGCCGCCAAGUCUGCCGCUGGCCCCAGCGCGGCACCAAAACUCACGGCGCCCGCGCUCCUGGUGGUGCCGGACUCGUCGCCACUGACGCGUCGCCGAUGGAGCUCAGGGGGCGUGAUAAGCCCCCGCAGCCCCGUGACGCCACGGGAGGUUCGCGGCGGUGGUGGACUGUCGCCCGACCUGCUGUCGGCCGACCGACCGGAGACGCCCGAAGGCGAGAGGCUGGACCUCCGGGCCAUCGGAGCGGCUGUGUCGGCACUGCUCGCACCCAACCCGUCAGCAGUGGUCAAGGCUCUGCGUCAAGUGGUGUCCGAUAAAGAUCCUGCAUUGUGGGAUGACCUUGUGCGGGCAAUGGACGACGGCCUCAACGCCCGCGAGGCGUCGUUACUGCACGACGACCUGCGAGACGAUGACAGUCUGGCCGGGGUAGAAGAAGGCGACGCCCAGCAACAAUUCUUGCUGCGGUUGUCGCAAGAAGUGGCCGCCAUUACAGGCCUCACCGUGGACGCCGUCCUGGAAAGCGCCGGCGAGGCGCACGCCUCCUCCACCCUGGACUGGCACGGCAACGCGCUUCGCUUCUUGGGCGGCUCGCUGGCCGACUUCCUCGUCAACCUCGAGUCGCUGCACGUCGUCCUCGAGCGCGCCGGCCUGCCUCUGCGGGGCGGCCGCCUCAGCGGGGUGCGCGAGGAGCACGGCCGCCUCGUGCUCCAGUGCGCGUCCAGGGGCGAGCCGCUGCUCAGGCUGCUCGCGGGCUCGCUGCGCCGGCUCGCCUCGCAGCUCUUCCGGCUCGACGUGCGCGUCAGCGUCGCCGGCUCCAAGGCGCAGCAGGCCACGCUCGUCCUGCAGCCGCAGGGGAGCCCGGCGCUGUCGCUGUCGGCGCCCGCCGGCGGCGUGGCGGCCGCGCCCGUGGCCAGCGCCAACCCGGAGGACCUGGCCGUUUCGGUGGCGACCUUCUGCCGGGCGUUCCCUUUCCACUUCGUGUGCGACCGGCAGCUGAAGCUGACGCAGCUCGGCCUGGGGCUGGCGCGUUUCUUCGGCGGCCGCGGCCGGGCGAGCACGCUGCCGGCGCUCUUCACGUUCGUCGAGCCCCAGAUAGAGAUGCGCUUCGAUCACGUCGUGGCCAACAUCAACCUGCCGUUCCUGCUGCAGGUGCGCGACGACGCCAUCAAGCACGGACGGUACAAGGGCAUGGAGAUCAAGGGUCAGAUGGUCCAUUGUCCGGAGUCCCGCGCACUGCUCUUCCUGGGCUCGCCCGUGGUGGACGGCGGCCUGUCGGCCAUGCUGCGCCGCGGCCUGUACAUCUCGGACGUGCCGGUGCACGACGCCACGCGCGACAUUCUGCUCGUGGAGGAGCAGAGCCGCGCCCAGGACGGCCUCAAGCGGCGCAUGGACAAGAUACGCGCCUCCAUCCAGGAGGCUAACCUGGCCGUCGAAGAGGAGCGACAGAAGAACGUCGACCUGCUGCACCUCAUCUUCCCGCCAAGGGUGGCGCGGAAACUGUGGCUCGGCGAAUCAAUGGAGGCGCAGCAACAUGACCAGGUGACGCUGCUGUUCUCGGACAUCGUGGGCUUCACGGCCAUUUGCUCCACGGCCACUCCCAUGAUGGUCAUCAAUAUGCUCAACGCCCUCUACACGCAGUUUGACCAGUUCUGUGGAGAGCUGGACGUGUACAAGAUCGAGACGGUCGGAGACGCGUACUGCGUGGCCAGUGGACUGCGCAAGCAGGUGCACACGCACGCACAGCAGGCCGCCUGGAUGGCGCUCAAGAUGAUGGCGGCCGCCGGACAGGUCCAUUCGCACGAUGGGAAGCCUAUACAGAUGCGCAUCGGCCUGCACACGGGCCUCGUGCUGGCGGGCGUCGUGGGCGUCAAGAUGCCCCGCUACUGCCUCAUCGGCAACGACGUCUCCCUCGCCAACAGGUUCGAGUCCGGCAGCAUCGCCAUGCACAUCAACGUCAGCCCUACCACGCACAGGUUACUGGUGCACACCGAAGGCUUUCGAUUCGAAGCCCGGCCCCGCGAGUACUUGCCGGAGGGCUUCCCGGAGCACAUCAAGGGGACCUGCCACUUCCUUAAGGGAUUCUUCCACCCCAAACUGGACCCGGCCGAACCACUGGACGUACACAUACGAAAGGCCCAGCGCGAGCUGCGAAUGGACGCCUCGCAGACUUGGCUCGCCUGAACGGGCGGCACACGACGCGGUUAUGGGACACGGAGGAAUUGCCGAUCGCCUUUCUUUUUAACGAGCACUGCCGACGAUGGGCGGACCUGAAAAGUGUGCGCGUGGACUGUGCUGCAUAGCCGAGGGGACGCGUCCAAGCGUCGGAAUUCAAGGGCACGCUGAGCGGGAAGGUUCGGAGCGUUGACGCUCAAUGAGACUUGCUCAAAGUGCGGUGAUGUGGGACGCAACUGCGAUGACAGUGGUCGUCGCGUUCGGAUUCCAGCGCGCGUUUACGCACACGUUGGUGGUGCGGUGCGCGAGGGUGCGUAUCGCCGUCGGCUAAAAGCAAAGCCAGGUUCGAUCUAAACAGAAAUGUGGAAAAGUAAUUCACGUCCGAUAUGGCAUGGCAUGUUUGUUUCAAGUGCGUCGCUGUGUCAAUUGCUGCAGACUGUGUGUGCGUUUCUUUUUUUUUUAAUAUUACGGAUUUCUAUAGAACGUCCCGAAAGCGUGUAACCGAAGCACGCCUAAGCAGUUUUGGCAUUGCGUCGUGGAUUCGACUCCAGCUGCAUACGUGAAACUUAAGAACCCCUCAAAAAAAAAAAAAACUUGCAAAUUCAUCAGUAUAUUCCGAAGCGGAACUGUCCUUGGCAUUGUUCUCGAGGAAGCCGCAAAGUUACGGACAAAGACAAAACCUUGUGACAACGUGGGGCGACAGCUGGUGAUAUCGGCUCAAUUUCAUUUGUCCAAAGUGUCGUACACCUGCAGUAGAACUUAUGUCAGGAGAAGGGGAAGACAGCCCAUCAAGUUUCGUGAAGGUAAACGCCGAUGCAGUGUUUUAUGUGUAGCGUAACCUGUUGCCGUGCACAUAAGCCGUAAUGUAAUCGCUGAAAUUUAGCAUUACGCUCUUUCCUAUCUGAGCAGUCUACUAUGUGGGAAUAAAAAUUAAUAACGGAACAAGUUGGCAAACAAAGAAAAAUAAUAAGGAGUGCGAUACGUCGCUUUUAUUGGGUUUUACUGUCUGCUUCUCAUCAAGUCACUGAAAUUAUCUUCUGUACACCAUUGUUCCUUAUUAGAUGAUGAUAUUAACUCUGUGUCUUCAUAUCGGCUGGUCCUCAAAGCACUCUGUUACGUCAUUUGCUGUAUCUCAUGUGAUCACGGUGAAUAACAAAUUGAAUGCAAUUUAUUAUUGAACGGUAACAAAGGCAAUAUCUCCCAAACAGGAGGAAAUUAUCGUAUUUCAGAUGUGUUUAAAGAGAGCUGUUAUCGUUGUUCCUAUUUCCGAAAUUUGUUUUUUUCGACUCCAGCAGCGGAAUGGGGGAGGGGCUGAUUCUCACGGUAAAAGUAUAUGAGGCGCUUAAUUGUCAAUAUUCAUGCUGUCGAUAGAGCGCUGAAAGCAAAACACAGAGAACAUAAUAGCAGUAGGCUGAGAUUUUGGUUUUAAUUUUCACUAAUGUAGGCUAUGUUUUUAUUUCUGCACGGCUUUGUUUUAGCAAGCGUCUAAAGAGCGAGAUGGUUUGUACAUUCCUUUUCUUUUUCGGGAAUAUUUCUACGUAGGAUAAUGUUACUGACUAGUUUGUUAUCGCUGUUGGCAUGAAAUGUUCGCUGUUGUUGUCGUGGUGAUUGCACGUGGCCAGUAUUGCAAUUAGCAGUUAGAAACGAACAGCACUUGUUUGGUGAACGUCGCGCACGAAGGAACACUAGUGUUUUAGCAUGUUGGUAGUGACGUCUAUGGUGUAAUUCUUAUGUUGAGCAUCCGCCACGUAAUUGACAGGGUUUCGAGUGUGAUGCUUGAAAAGUUUUCAAAAGCUGCUUGUGUGCGUGUCCAUUUCAUACCGUGGCACCUGCCAGUUUUAUUGUUCCAAAAAGUCGGAGUAUUUUAUUGCGUGCAUUUUGAAUGUUUAAGAUUUGGUAUGACCGUCAGCAUGUUUUACCACUGAGGAACCCCCGUCACAUCUUAUCCCGCUCGCCGAUAUCUGUUCACGGGCUUCAUCGUUUACGGUGUAUGUUUCAUUACAACAGACCAUGGUCAUUGCUCGCCGCUUGGCUCCUGCGCGUUCACUGCAGUUAUAAACGCUAAACUUUUCUAUGUUUCCUCCGUUUGCAAUAGUUAUAUUCAAUGAAGCAUUGCCAUUGCGCAGUGGCCAGUAAACGCAUCGAUUGUUUUUGCGCUGUUUAUUCGGAUUACGACUAGAUUCUUGAGGAUCGAGAGCUAGGUAAUGGUAAAGUCAACCAUUUCGCAAGUUCAAUAAAUUUUCGUGUGAUUAAUAUUUGGUUAUGGUAUGAAAUUUUUGCCAAAGAGUUACAAGGUGUGACAGAUAGAGCCCAUGUCGUAAGUGUUCAGGAGGCUGUUGUAGAGUGGAUGCAUGGAAAAAAUCGGUCUAAUAAAACACGAAAAAUGCUC